UUAAGAUGAAGAGCUUUCUGCUUUUUCUCGUCUCUGCUGCAUUUUCUUAUGCACUCCCCAUUUUUCCGGGGGAAAGAAGUGAAGAACAAAACAUGCAACUUGCACAGAAAUAUCUAAAUCAGUUUUAUGAGCAAGAAAAUGAACCGGGGCAGCGAGGCUGGAAGAGCAAGAAUUCCUCCUUUAUGACCAGAAUCCAAGAAAUGCAAGAAUUUUUUGGGCUCAAUGUUACUGGUAAGGUAGAUGCUGACACAUUGGAAGUUAUGCAGCAACCCAGGUGUGGGGUACCUGAUAUUGGCCAGUAUGUCUUGACCCUUCCUGGAUGGAAGAAAACCAAGCUUACAUACAGGAUUGUGAAUUACACACCUGAUAUGAAACGCACUGAUGUGGAGACAUCCAUCCAAAAGGCCUUUGAGGUUUGGAGUGCAGUGACCCCUCUGACUUUCAGCAGGGUUCAUAAAGGGAGAGCAGACAUAACAAUUGAGUUUGCAACUGGAGUGCAUCCACGCUGCCCUCGGCAAUUUGAUGGGCCUCUGGGAGUCCUCGGACAUGCUUUCCCCCCAAGCCAUCCCCUCCGUGGAAACGUCCACUUCGACGAGGAUGAAAACUGGAUUGCCAACUUAGUCGAACAAGGAGGAGCUGACAAUUACCAUGGAACUCUGACCGACGACGUUGUUGCUCCUGCUCUGAAAAAAGCCCCGGAGCUGCGCUCUCUUGGAUUCCCCCGCCAAUACACCACUGUUGAAUUUGACUUGCGGCUGGUUGCUGCUCAUGAGAUUGGCCACGCACUUGGUCUUGCACACUCUAGUGUCCCAGGAGCACUGAUGUACCCAAAUUAUAAACCCCUGAAUGACCCCACCGAUUUCCCACUUUCUCAAGACGAUAUUGAUGGCAUCCAGGCCAUCUAUGGACCAUCACUCAAUCCAUCAAAUAAACCAGUGAAACCAACAUUGCCUAAGAUGUGUGAUCCUAAGAUAUCAUUUGAUGCCAUCACUACACUGCGAAGAGAAGUCAUAUUUUUAAAGGGCAGGCAGUUCUGGAGAGUGUACCCUGGCAACUCUGAAGUUGAUCUUGAGUCAAUUUCUACCUUUUGGCCUUCCCUACCAUCUGACAUCCAGGCAGCUUAUGAAAAUAUGAAUGAUCAAGUUCUCUUUUUCAAGGGUAAUCACUUCUGGGUCAUUAGCGGAUUUCAGAUGCAACCCGGCUACCCCAAAGCCAUUGGCCAUUUGGGCUUUCCACAAACCGUUAAGAAAAUUGAUGCUGCUGUUUUUGAUAAAAAUACUGGGAAAACCUACUUCUUUGUUGGUAACCAGUACUGGAGGUAUGAUGAGAACAGUCAAGCAAUGGAUGAGGACUUCCCAAGAAUAAUAAGUGAUGAUUUUCCUGGAAUUGACGAGACAUUUGAUGCUGCAUUUGAGCAUAAUGGAUUCUUCUAUUUUUUCCACGGGUCCAGGCAGUGGAAGUUUGAUCUGAAUGCUAAGAGAGUGAUUGGUGUAAUGAAGAACAACAGCUGGUUUAACUGUUAGCUUUUUCUCUGUUUUAAUCCCGUAACAAACGAAAAAUGUUUUAAGCAUAUUUCUGUUAAUGCACCAAGAACUAUGUAAUCAGGUACAUUGUAUCUGGAAAACAAAAUGUCUUUUUAAUAAUCCUAUAUCUGUGUGCUUAAAAAAACCCUCAAAGCAGUAGCAAGAUUGUCAGUAACUUUUUAUAACAGUGCUUAGGUUGCAAUCCUAUAUGCACUUACUUUAGAGUAAGUCCCAAUGAAUUCAU